GCAGUUAUUCACAUGGUGCUCUUCUAUUUCGCAUUGUUCAUUAGGACUGGGUCCAUAAGUAAGUGUUGUUUGAACGACAAGAAGCCUGGACAGGGACUCCAGUCAAUCGAACUGAUGGUGCAUGAUUUUGUGCGUAUUGGCGACUCGAAGUAAUUUGACGGUCAGGAGUGCUCGAUGGCCAAGCUAUUGCGCCCACCGCUUCUCCAAAUCAAUAACUACAAACCACGAGGAGUCUUAUCCACUAAAAGGUGAUUAUAACCACUAUCAUCAUAUGCAGAAUGAUCGACGAUUCUGAGCGGGUGCCAAUACAUCUGGACAUUGACGAAAAUGCAAAUCAGAGACGAGGAAUAGAAGUUUACUGGCAGCAGGCAGUGGUUUGGCAGCACCAAAAUUGGCUUUGCUGCUUUUGCUGCUCACAUACUCGGCUAUGUGUCGAGAUACAUGAUCACCAAUCACUGUGUCGCGCAGAUCAUCAUAGGGAGCAGAUGAGGAGCGCAAUUUACGACGAGCAUCUCUAGCACUGGCUCAUCAAAAUAACAAAUUCAAUCUUGGCGCUGUUCCCGAUGACAUCAGUGGAGAACAAUUCGUUCUUCAUAUAUGCAAGCAAAUAAAUAAUAUGGGCCAAUUUAAACUGUUCCACAAACCGUUGUCUUGUUGGAAAGGUUCAUUUUUUUACACCAGUGGGUGUGAAAUGAUUAAC